AUGUCACAGCUGCGUGGCAUCUUUCUGACAAGGGAGAUGGACUGGCCAGAACCUCAAAGGUUGGAAGAUGACGACAAUGAUGAAGAUGAUGACAACAACGAGGAAUUCAGCUGCGCCUGCCACUCUGCUCAUCCACCACCCCAGUGCAAGAGUCAUGACAGCUCCAGUGACAGUCAGGUGGAGGACCUGGGGGAACCCAUCCCAUUUUCCCUAAGCCCCAGGCACUCUUACACAGUGGAAGACAAAGCAGUGAAAAACAGAACGUAUGCUGAGAGGUUGGCCCUGCAUGCACUGGAGCUUGAAGAGGAAAUUCGGAAGUUUCAGGAAGUGGUUUACGGAGACACAAAAGUGCCUGGCAGCUUGUUUGAAAAUGGGGACCACAGCUGGACCAGGACCUAUCACCUUCCUGUGCACCAGAGGUCAUACGGGUCCCAAACUGCCAGCGUGGCACAGUGUGGCUGCUACAACUCUUCCCAGUGUAGCGUGGGCAAGGACCUGCGGAUGGAUGGCUUUGACCCGUGGGACUAUGUCACUGACCCUUAUCUGGGGCCACCCAAGCCCACCAGGGGAGCAAAGCCCUACACGCCGCACAGAGAGGCCAUCAAAGACAAGGAGUUUUGGCCCCUGAAGCUGACCCAUGACAAGCUCAGAGAGGAGAACGCCAUGCUUAGGAGGGUGGUCAGCAGCAUGCAGAGCUCCUUGAAGAGACGGGCGUUCGUGGUGCAGAGGCUUGAGAUGCAGCUGAAGGACAGCUUGGCCAAAAAGGAGAGGCAAGUCCAGGAGAUGGAGUCCUUCAUCCUGCUGGUGGAUGAGACUCUCCAGCUAAUGACCCAGCAGGCUCUGGAGGCAGAAAGCAACAUGAAGAAGCUGAAGCAGGAGGUGUUUGCAGUCCAGGAAGAGCUGGAAAGAACUAAAUUGGAGAAUGAAAGCCUGAGGGCAGGCCAAACGACCGACCUAGGGGCAGUGAGGUGUGACAUAAACUUCGUCUUGAAGAACCUCAACAAGAUUAUAAUGGGCACAAACUGGUCCAUUGUACAGCUCACUUCUGGAGCAGAGUUGCUGCGUUUUGUUGCUGAGAUCCUCAAAUCUACUGGCAAAAUUUCUGAAGUUGAAGCCCAGAAAGUGCUAUGA